AUGUCUAGGGAUAUUGUACAGAAACAACCGGUAGAGAAUACCAAUACAGAGAAUGUAUCACAGUUGAUACAGCGUAAGGGGACUGACGAAGGAACGGGAUUGCGAAACAACCAUGCCCAGCGCACAGCGCAUCAACAAUUAGAGAGGCAGGUGUUGACAGAUAUCCAAGGACAGAAUGGUUCAAAGAAACAAUUUCCUGUCCAUAGCCAUGGAUUGCAUGAGACAACGGUACAAUCAAAUGUACAGGCGCAACCGCAAGGAAGUGGAAUACAGAAGGAAGAAGAAAGUGGACAUUUAACUGCCAUCAGUGGAAUGUCAAUGUGUUCACCAUUUUAUACGAGCACAGUUCAGUAUGAGAACACCAGUUUGCAAGCAAAUAAAUCAAUCAAAAUCAAGGGCGACGAAUCGUUAAUUAGCGAGCGGAAAGAUGAUGUUGAUCGUUAUCGAGGAACUUCGUUAAAGAGAUGUGCGCCAGUUGAGACUGAAGAUGAGCUAAUUGAGGCUGAUCAGACACAGGAGAGUAAACGUUUAAGGUUGGAUACCGAAGAAAACGAUGAGGAGGAGGAAGAUGCUGGUGUUGUUGAGAGGAUUGGGAUUUCACAUGAUGAACAAGGAUGGGAUGAUCUAGAUUCUGGAGAUUUUGAUGAUCCUCUGAUGGUGAGUGAAUAUGUUCAAGAUAUUUUUGAAUAUUUACAUGAAUUGGAGCUGAGAACUUUGCCGAAUCCAAACUACUUACAAAUGCAAAGAAAUUUAAGACCCAAGAUGAGGAGUAUAUUAGUUGAUUGGCUGGUUGAGGUCCACCUCAAAUUUAAGUUACUGCCGGAGACCCUUUAUUUAUCGAUCAAUAUAAUGGAUAGGUUUUUAUCGAAGGAGUUAGUACAGGUGGAUCGAUUGCAACUACUAGCCACUGGUUCGUUGUUUAUAGCGGCAAAAUACGAGGAAGUUUACUCACCAUCAAUUAAGAACUAUGCAUAUGUCACCGAUGGAGCGUUCUCAGAGGAUGAAAUUCUUGGAGCUGAACGGUUUAUAUUGGAAAUUCUAAAUUUUGACAUGUCGUAUCCGAAUCCAAUGAACUUCUUGCGUCGAAUCUCCAAAGCUGACGAUUAUGAUGUCAACACGCGGACAAUCGGAAAGUACCUCUUGGAGAUAACUAUUAUCGACCAUAAAUUCAUUGGCUACUUGCCGUCCUUGUGUUGUGCUGGUGCAAUGUAUAUAUCACGAAAAAUGAUUGGCAAGAACGAUUGGAAUAAAAACCUGAUUCACUAUUCCGGUGGUUACAAGGCCGAAGAUUUGGAGGAAGUGUGUAUAAUGAUCAUGGACUACCUUGUGAGUCCUAUUAUACACGAGGAGUUUUUCAAAAAGUAUGCCUCGAGGAAGUUUAUGAAGGUUUCUAUAUUGGCUAGGCAAUGGGCUAAAAGGCUGCUGAAUGAGCGCAAAAAUAUCAUGGAGGAUAUAUAA